AAACAACCAAAGCUGACACUUGUGUCCAAUGACUCGCAAUCUAAAGCCCUGAUGACAACUUAGUAAACCAAGAGGAGAAAAUGAAAUCAGUAAAACCAGGAAGAACCGGCUCGCUUAUAUUAAACCGUAACCAGCUUGAUGAAUCAGAGGCUCUGAAACUCAGGAAGUAAACAGAGUAACGUCUUCUGGUGUGGAGAUUUUGAUAGAUACCUUAUAUCUCUCGGCCAAGGUUUACCGUGUUUAACACGUGAUGAGAUUACCGGGCUGCUCUGUUUCCACGUAAUCAUCCCUGAUCGAGACGGUGUCGAUAUUUGGGCUUAGAAAUAUCGUCACGUGUUAAACCUAGGACGAGGCAUAGGGUAUCCCCACAAGCCAACCAGAAGUCAGGAUCCUCCGAAGUAGACCAAUAAAAGAAGAGCACACCUCAUCUCCCUCCUCCUUUUUAUACUCUUGUCUGUCCCCGACUUCUGUCAACACGAACAGAAGGAGUUAUCGCCAUGGCAGCUUCUCUCCAAGCUACUGCAGCUUUCCUCUCCGCCGCUCCUUCCCGCUGCGUUCGUCUACGGUCGUCACCUUCUGUCGCCAAGGCCUUCGGCCUUGGAUCUUCCUCUGCCCGUCUCACCUGCUCUCUCCACUCUGAUCUCAGUGACUUCGCCAGAAAAUGCUCUGACGCCGCCAAGAUCGCCGGCUUCGCUCUCGCCACCUCUGCUCUCGUCGUCUCGGGAGCGAAUGCGGAGGGAGUGCCGAAGAGGCUGACGUUCGACGAGACGUGCAUGGAGGUUAAGGGCAUUACUACUACUGGAACUGCGAACGGCCACUCGGAGAAGUUCGGCUUCGAGCCGACAUCCUACACCGCCGCGGCCGAGGGUGCUGUCAGCGACAAUAAAUUGGGAGGGUUCCACCCGAUCAAAGACGUGAACGACCCGUACGUGGUGGCUGUGGCAAAGUUUGCGGUGGAUGAGCACAACCGUACGAGCAAGUCCGGUCUCAAGUUCGAGAGAGUGAUUAAAGGUGAGAGACAGGUGGUAGCAGGCAUGAACUACAGGCUCACCUUGGCUGCCAAAGAACCCGCCGCCUCCUCCACCAACAACUACGAGGCAUUCGUUUUUGUACCGCUCGGGGGUGAACCCUGGUCCCUCAAGCACUUCAAACCUCUCUACCUGACUAACUGAUCCCUCACUCGAAACCAUUCGCGUAUAUAGUUCCCACUUUCCACAUAUAGUAUUGGCAUAAUGAAUAAAGGAGUGGCGGCUGGCUGCAAUAAUUGAUUAUCUAUUCCGAUGAUCUUGUACAUGUUUAAUUAAUAAAAUAUGAUGACGUGGAUUUCAUGUA